UGUUAUAGACAGCAAACAAUUUAUGAUUGUCAUCUGUAUAUUUCAUGUAAACAGUGACGUUUAAUAAUCUUUCCGGAGUUUUUAAUAUAUGAAAGUUUUGUGAACGAUACGUAAAGAUUAAUGCAGCUAUGAUGAGAGAGUGGCAUUAUAUAAUCUUUUUCAGGGCAACUAUCGUCGGCUUGAUUCUCGUAUCGUCUCGCCAAACAUCGCCCAAUUCUCGUCCAAAUAUUGUUCUAUUUGUUGCCGAUGACCUAGGCAUUGGUGAUGUCGGUUGCUAUGGAAACACAACUAUUCGAACCCCUAAUAUUGAUAAUAUGGCGAAUGAGGGUGUCCGUCUGACGCAGCAUAUAGCUACAGCUAGUAUGUGUACCCCCAGCAGAGCAGCGUUCCUGACUGGGAGAUACCAGGCCAGAUCAGGUAUGUCGACAACAGGUUCAUUUAGGGUGACAUUUUGGCAGGCUAGUACCUCCGGACUUCCUGAAGAAGAAGUAACAUUUGCCGAAUUAGCAAAACAAGCUGGUUACAAAACAGCAUUGCUCGGAAAAUGGCACCUGGGCGAACAUUCUUCCUUUUGGUCACGUGAUUACAAAAAACAUCCCUUGAAUCAAGGUUAUGACCAAUUUUACGGUCCACCACUUGGAAACUACAAAGAUUUUGGUGAGGAGGGUGACAGUACAUUUGGUAGUGCAGCACCUCAUCUCUUUACAGCUCUCCGUGUCGCGAUCAUCAUUGUUCUUUUAACGUUAAUCAUUGCAAAAAAGAAAGGACUAAUUAAAAUGAAAAUGUGCGCGCUUUUAUGUUUCAUUACCUUCAUUCCAUUACUAUACAUAUACUUCAUAACGGCUCAUUUCAAAAUAGUGAAUAGUUUCAUACUUCGUGAUAAAGAAGUAGUAGAACAGCCAGUCCGAUUAAACGGUCUGACAGGACGAAUUGUAAACGAGGCUGUUGAAUUUCUGCGCAAUAGGUCAGUUGACGAAGAGCCAUUCUUGCUUCAUGUAGCUUGGUUACAUGUUCACACUUUUCUUGACCCUUCUCAAAAGUUCAAAGGUCGUUCACGACAUGGUCGUUAUGGAGAUUGUGUUGAAGAAAUGGACUGGGGGACAGGAAAGAUUUUAGAGGCUCUAGAUAAAUAUGGUUUCAGCAACAACACUGUUGUGUAUUUUACCUCUGACCACGGUGCUCAUUUAGAGGAAUUUGGAAUGAAAGGACAAGUUGAUGGUGGAAGUAAUGGUAUUUAUAAAGGUGGUAAAACACACGGAACUUUUGACGGUGGUAUUAGAGUCCCUGGAAUCAUUAAAUGGCCAAAGAACAUUAAAGCUGGGACCACUGUUGAUGAAAUGACAUCACAUAUGGAUAUUUAUUAUUUAAUUGCCAUGGUAACUGGGACACAAGUUUCUGCAGACAGACAGAUCGAUGGGAAAAAUAUUUUAAAACUUAUCAAAGGUGAGGAAUCAAUAUCACCCCAUGAAUUCCUAUUUCACUAUUGUACGGAUGAGAUCCAUGCUGUCAGAUACCGUCCACGAACAGGAUCAAUAACGUGGAAAUUAGCAUUUAGAGAGCCAGACUAUCUCGAAAACAAGACACGAUGUCGCUUUAGUUGCUCGUGUGACCAUGCACGUCUAUUAGACCCACCCGUCCUGUAUAAUCUGAUAAUGGACCCACAAGAGAAUCAACCGAUAAGAUCAGAUCUUAAUGAAGAAACGAAACAGAUAACUGAUAAAAUAAUUACAUCAGUAGCUAAUCAUUUAAAAUCAAUAGAACCAGUUGAAAAUCAAUUUUCUGUAAAGAACGCAAUGUGGUUACCUCAGUUACAAGAAUGCUGCAAUUUCCCAUACUGCACUUGUAUUGACAGGAAGUAUGCAGAUCCUGAAAGUCACAUGGACAUGGAUGUAUAGUUUAAUUUAGAAUUAUUUUAGAAUUAUUGCAAUUACAAGUGAGCAAAGUUUAUACUUUUCAAGCGAAACGGCAAAAGGGAAUGAACGAUAAAUUGUUGAAUUGAGAUAUUAAAGUAUCCUUACCACAGAAUAACACAUUUCUUACCUUUGGAAUUAUAUAUAAGCUAUGCCGAAUUAUAGAAUCCUAUAACCUGAUAAUACUGUAUAAAACGCCUUGUUAAAGUUUGACAUCAGAUUGAAUGUUUGUAUAUGUGAAACAAGAAAAGAGAAUUUGUUUCGUCUUAUGCAUUUGUAUUUUGGGCUACGCCACACUUGAAAACGUUCUACUGAUUCUCACUUAAUAUCUACCACUGAUUCUCACUCAAUAUCUACCACUGAUUAUCACUCAAUAUCUACCAACUCUUCAUCUCGUACUGAUACAAAUAAAUGUCCCCUUUGUAUAAAGUUUGUACGUAUUAGGCUCUUCUUGUUCUUUGGCUGUCAAAAACGGAUGAACAUCGACAUUCAUGCAUCCACGAAAAACUAUAUUUGACCCAUGAAAAAAGCUUCAGAUGUAAUCAAAAUAUUUCAAUGUACAAAGUUGUUCUGGGUCGGCGUCUUAGAGGGUAGAUAUUGCCCAUACAUAAAAAUACAUAAAAUAGCAUAAUAUACUCAUCAGCCCUUAGUACAAGAACAGUUUGUUAGACAACCCUGCAUAACUUUUCACAACAAGAAAUAACAGUUCUGUCAUUAUAACACCAUUAAACAGCCACGGCAAAAGUCAUUUUUUUUCACGAAUACAAAAAUCAGAAAUAAUUUUUACAGAUAAAUGCAGAUUAAUCUCGGCCAAGUAUCUUUUAUAAAGAUACUUCUUGUUGAAAGUUAUUCUGUAUUAAUGACAAACUAUUGAUUAAAGCUUUACAUGCAAGUUGUGAGAUUUUUUUGUGAUUU